UCGAGUGCUCUGCACAUUGCUGCACGCGUCGGCUUCUCAUUAUAAGUUAUAUAUAUGAUUUAUCAUUCGCUACUUUUAUGUUUUGUUCGUUAAGUCAUUUAAAGUGAGCGGCAUCCGCUUUUAAAGCUUCAAUCAUAGCGUAGGCUACACCUUAAACUAUAUUCCUCUGUACAAUCAUCCGAUAGAAGACUGAGUAGGUAAGGUCCUGCGCUGUCUACUCAACCCGUGUCCUGAAGUGGCCCAGAAGUGCUUGCUUCGAGAAGGGGCUUUGCUUCUGUGGGUCUCUCUGCAAGAAUGGAUUUUCGAACGAAAGAGCAUUUGCAUGCCGCCACAUUACUGAUCGUAAUAUUCGUCAUGAACUCCGCAUAUUCAAAGUCAAGCAUUACUUGGGAAGUACAGCGCUAUGAUGGAUGGUACAAUAAUUUAGCACAUCACAGUCGAGGAGCAGCAGGCUCACCACUGAUCCGCCUCCUGCCAGCAAAGUAUUCUGACGGUGUCUAUCAACCCCUUCAGGAGCUGCCAAACCCACGGAAUAUCAGUAACAUUGCCAUGAGGGGACCCUCUGGCUUACCCUCAACCAGAAACCAGACUGUCCUGUCUGUUUUUUUUGGUUACCAUGUGGUGAAUGAGAUUGUAGACUCCCGCCUGCCUGCCUGCCCCCCGGAAUUCAUGCAUAUUUCGGUUCCACAAGGGGAUCCCGUCUUUGAUCCCAACAACACUGGGAAAACUAUGCUGCCAUUCCAGCGAGGGAAGUGGGCUAAGGACACCAGCCAAAGUCCCAAUAAUCCCCGAACUCAGGUAAACCAUGUGACCGCCUGGAUGGAUGGAAGCUCCAUCUACGGCUCAUCUAACUCUUGGUGUGAUGCUUUGAGGAGUUUCUCCGGAGGCCUCUUGGCCUCAGGGUCUGACAGGAAUUUCCCAAAGCGGACUUCAAAUCCCUACUUCAUGUGGACCAACGUUGACCCUUCCACUGGUCAGCACGGUCGGGAAGGGCUCUAUGAAUUUGGGAAUUCCAGGGGCAACGAGAAUGUGUUCACGGUGGCAGAAGGGAUUAUAUGGUUUAGGUACCAUAAUUACCUGGCCUCCAAGCUGCAGGAACAACAGAAGACGUGGUCAGAUGAAGAACUGUUUCAGGCUGCCAGGAAAAGGGUUGUUGCCACAUUCCAGAACAUUGCAUUCUAUGAAUGGCUGCCAUUGUAUCUUGGAAAUCAGACUGUACCACAAUAUCCAGGCUACCAGAAGCACACAGAUCCUGGGAUUUCUCCUGAAUUUCAGGCAGCUGCCAUGCGAUUUGGGUCUACUAUGGUUCCCCCUGGUGUUUACAUGAGAAACAGGACCUGUCAUUAUCGGGACAUCAUCAACUUCGAUAAUAGCACUUCCUCUGCCAUGCGAGUGUGUAACAGCUUCUGGAACAGAGAGAACCGAAACCUGCUGACGGACCAAGAUGUUGAUGAUCUCAUAAUGGGCAUGGCAUCACAGAUUGCAGAGAGAGAAGACAACAUCAUUGUGGAGGAUUUGAGAGAUUACAUGUAUGGUCCUUUGAAGUACACUCGCUCCGACCUGGUUGCACUGACCAUCCAGAGAGGGAGGGACAGCGGUCUGCCCAGCUACAACCAGGCGAGGGCGACCUUUGACCUCCCACCAGUGAGCCGGUGGGAGGAUAUGAACCCCCAGCUUAACAGAACCUGCCCUGAGCUGUUCAGAAACCUGGCUGAGCUCUAUGGCAAUGACAUCUCCAAGCUGGAGCUUUUCCCUGGGGGCCUCCUGGAGUCUUCGGGGGCCCCGGGCCCCCUCUUCUCUGCCAUUAUCCUGGACCAGUUUCAGAGAAUCAGGGACGGAGACCGCUACUGGUUUGAGAACAUGAAAAAUGGUCUUUUCACAGCGGAAGAGGUGCAGGCCAUCCGCAACACCACCUUUCACGAUGUCAUCGUGGCAGUCACCAGUGCACAGAGUGGGGACAUCCAGAAAAAUGUAUUCCGCUGGAUGGAUGGUGACCCCUGUCCCCAGCCUGAGCAACUAAAUGCCACAAUGCUCCACCCCUGCACCAAGGCCACGUCCCAUGACUAUUUUGAAGGCAGCGGGCUGGGAUUUGGUAUAACUGUCGCAGCCCUGUUCCUGCUCCCACCAGUGAGCUUUCUACUGGCCUAUUUGGUGGCCCUUUAUCGCAAGUCCAAGUUCAACAGGUACCAGAGGAAGGGCAGUACGACGGAUAGCACAGGGGAGCCAGCAGCCUUUGAGUGGCAGGGGCCCAGGCAGCCUCAGCAGCCCGUUGGGCUGGAGGUGGACUUGCAGAACAGGAGUUUACGGGUUACGGAUGCCAGCGGAUCCAACCUCCGCUCCCUCAGCCUGCCCAGCCAGGGCCACUUGGACGCCCUCCUGUCCAGCAACCGCCAGCGCCGCGCCCUGCUGCUUAAAAUCCCCAAAGAGUACGAUUUGGUGUUGUUUUUUGAGGACGAAAGCAAACGUUCAGAGUUUGUGACGCAGCUGGCCUGUGACUGCCCGGGAGGGGCCCAGGUUCUGAGGGCGAGGGAGGUGAGAGAGCAGGACCUGCUGAAGGAGGCCGUGACGCGGGAACAGAGGGCACAGAUCGUGGAGACGUUCUUCAGACACACUUUCGCGCAGGUCCUGGAGAUCGAUAAGCGUGACGCCGGGGAUCUAAGUGGUGUACCCUCCAGGAGGACCAGAGAGGUGCUUCAGUGUGAGCUCAGCAGGACGGAAUUUGCCGAUGCCCUUGGCCUAAAGCCUGACUCCCUCUUUGUGGAGUCUAUGUUCACCCUGGCUGACAAAGACUGCAACGGUUACCUGUCCUGCCAGGAGCUUCUGGAUAUUGUUGUUACUUUUAUGAAAGGCUCCCCAGAAGAGAAGUCAAAGCUGAUGUUUACCAUGCAUGAUAUCGACGGCAAUGGGUUCCUGUCAAAAGAUGAGUUUUCCAGGUUACUGAGGUCCUUCAUUGAAAUCUCAAAAAGCUGCCUCUCAAAGAGCCAAGCAGAGCAGGCCAUCGAGGCCAUGCUGACGGCGGCCGGGUUCGAUGACAAAGAGCAGAUCACCUGGGAGGACUUCCACUUCCUGCUACGUGACCACGAGAAAGAGCUGCGCUUUGCUCAGCUCAAUAUCAAAGGGAUGGAGAUGCAGGGUAAAGACUUACUGAAGAGAAACCACCAGGUAUCCUUCAUCACCACAGAAAAGAACACUUGCCAGCGUGAAGGAGAGAACCUGCGCAAGAGAAUGGGGAGAAAGGAGGGAUUCUACAGCGCUAAAGUGUUUGUGAAGCCCAUGAGGGAAAGGUACACAAGGAGCAGAUUUCAGCAGAGAAUACAGCAGUUCAAGCGCUUCAUGGAGAACUACCGUCGCCAUAUUGUCUGUUUGGCCAUCAUCUACGGCAUCACUGCCGGCGUGACUCUGGAGAGAUGUUACUACUAUGGUGCGCAGGCGGACGCUUCUGGUAUCCCUGAGACCACGGCAGUGGGCAUCGUGGUGUCCCGUGGUUCGGCAGCCGCUGUCUCCUUCCUGUUUCCCUACAUGCUGCUCACCGUCUGCCGUAACCUCAUCACCCUGGCCCGCGAGACCUUCCUCAACCGCUACAUCCCCUUCGACGCCGCCAUCGACCUCCACCGCUGGAUGGCUAUGUCCGCCAUCGUUCUCGCAGUCAUUCACAGUUUAGGUCAUGGGGUCAACGUCUACAUCCUCUCUGUUAGCAACCUUAACAUCCUGGCCUGCCUAUUCCCCAAAGUGUUUCCAAAUGAUGGUUUUGAACUGCCUCAGAAGUGGACCUGGUGGUUCUUUAAGACCGUUCCAGGCCUCACUGGUGUCCUGCUGCUCCUCAUCCUGUCUCUCAUGUACGUCUUCGCCUCGCGGUAUUUUCGACACAUCAGCUUCCGUGGAUUCUGGGUCACACACUACCUCUACGUCCUCCUCUACAUUAUGACUGUUAUUCAUGGAAGUUACGGCCUGAUCCAGGAACCCAGGUUCCACAUCUACCUCAUUCCCCCCGCUAUUCUCUUUCUGGUGGACAAGCUCAUCAGUCUGAACAGGAAGAAGGUGGAAAUCCCUGUGGUGAAAGCUGAGCUGCUUCCCUCCGGUGUGACGUGUUUGGAGUUUAAGCGACCUCAGGAUUUCAUGUAUCGUUCGGGACAGUGGGUGCGCGUGGCGUGCCUGGAGUUGGGCACGGAUGAGUAUCACCCCUUCACGCUGACCUCCGCACCCCACGAGGAGAACCUCAGCCUGCAUAUUCGAGCAGUGGGGCCGUGGACCAGCAAGCUGAGGGAGUCAUACACACCUGGGAGCCUUGAGCAGCAGGGGGCAUACCCUAAACUGUACUUGGAUGGGCCCUUUGGGGAGGGGCACCAGGAAUGGACUAAUUUUGAGGUGUCCGUCUUAGUGGGUGGUGGAAUUGGAGUCACUCCGUUCACCUCUAUCUUGAAAGACCUGGUGUUCAAGUCUUCAGUCAAAUUCAAGAUCCAGUGCAAAAAGGUAUACUUCAUUUGGGUUACUCGGACCCAGAAGCAGUUUGAAUGGGUGUCUGACAUCAUCCGGGAGGUGGAGGAGAUGGAUGCCCAGGAUCUGGUCUCUGUUCACAUUUACAUCACUCAGCUGGCUGAGAAGUUUGACCUGCGGACCACCAUGCUGUAUGUUUGUGAGCGUCAUUUUCAGAAGGUAUGGAACAAGAGCCUGUUCACUGGUUUGCGGUCCAUCACCCAUUUUGGACGGCCUCCUUUCCUCUCCUUUUUCAGCUCUCUGCAGGAAGUACAUCCGGAAGUGAACAAAAUUGGGGUGUUCAGCUGUGGACCCCCAGGCUUGACCAAGAACGUGGAGAAGGCUUGUCAAAAGAUGAACAAGAAAGACCAGGCCCACUUCAUCCACCACUACGAGAAUUUCUAGCUUAUGUUUAGUUAUAUGCAACCAGCUUCGUACAAUGGAGUAGUAACCUCUAAUGAAAAUGUCAGCCAUGUAACUAUAAAAUAUCUAUGCCGUAUUAUAUAAUUUGUUUUCUUUUUUUCUUUUUUUUUUUACAAAUGGUAUAGUGCAUUUCUAUCUUGACUUACAGUAAUGAUGCAUUGUUAUAAUACUGUAUUACAAAUAUACUUUUUGUAUAAAAUAUUAUAUUAUAAAUAUUAUUUUGGCCACUUUGUUGUGAAUUUAAAUGACCAGCUUCCCAGCAUACUGUAACUCCAACAGAAGUUGAGGGUUCCUGUAUGUCAAGCUAACACUGUAGAUCAUAAAUGCGUGUUUUUAUCCACACAAUACACAUAUAAUCAUAAACAACACAAAUGAGUGUUCAAUAAUUACAAAUGUUACAUGUAGUAAUACUGUUGUUUUAAAUUUCUAAUCGGCAACUUUAAAAAAGCAUUUCUAGCAUUGUUAUUGUUAUGCUCGAGUCUCUUACAAUUUUCACCAUAACAUGUAAAAACGAUUUUAUAUAAUAAAUGUUUCAUGAAUAAAUCUUA